UACAUUAUUGUUUUUUAAUUUGGAGAAUUUUAGUCAUAGAUCUGGAAUGAAAGAUUCAAGCUUGGAUUAGGUUUAUGGCUGCUCUUGUGAUAAUUUGGAAUCAAAUCUAUCUGUUUAUGAUGGUUUUUUCAUCAAAUGCCAACCAUGUGUAUAGAUUUCUGUGCUAAUCAAGGGUUAAUUUCAGACUUCAUCUUCGCAACUGUGGUUGGGCUGGGAUUUGUGUCCUUUUAAGUUACCGACAUUUGUUUCCAUCUUUAAAUCUCUAUUUCUAGAACUUGCUUAGAUGGUGGAGUAAUUCUACGUGAUAUGGAUACAAAGACAGCUCCAUCUGUUAAACUACAGAAAGGUUCAAGGGGUUUCUCAGCUGGUUUAGCUUCUGCAUUUCAUGAGUGGUUGUUGAUUUUCUUAUUGUUUGUUAAUGCUGUGUUCUCAUACUUGGUGACAAAAUUUGCUCGAUCCAACAAAUUGAAAACUCCGUGCCUUUUAUGUUCGAGGCUUGAUCAUGUCAUAGGCAACGAAAGCCCUGGAUUCUAUAAGGAUUUGAUUUGUGGUGCUCAUAAGCUAGAGAUCUCAUCUUUGGUUUACUGCCAUAUUCAUGAUAAGCUAGCUGAUGUACGUGAUAUGUGUGAAGGCUGCCUCUUCUCAUUUACCUCAGAGAAGAAAUCUGUCUUGGAAACAAACCGGUUUUUAGUUGGUAAGUUGGGAAGUAAUCUUGAAUCUUGUUUCCAUCUGGAUGAUUCACCUAAGGAUCCAUCUAGUAAAAAGCAGUGUUCUUGUUGCAAGGAGACAUGGAAUUCAAGAGCAUAUGAUCAAAAAUUCUUCCAAAAAAAAUCAGCUGGGCCUGAGGGUCAAGGGGGACACAGUCAUCUUAAUCACAGUGAUGGUUUGGAGACAGGAAACAAGAAGAUGUCGGGGCAACUGAAAACUUCUUAUCUCCGGAGUCGCAGUUUUGAGGCUUUGUCUCAUAUAGGGUACAGUGAGCUCAAACUUACAUCUGAGUCUGAGUCAGAGAUACCGCUCUCCGAAGACGAUGAUGAUGAUGACGAUGAUGAUACAAGUACAAUGGCUCACAAUGUAGAAGAUCCCAGUAAAGAGAUUGAAUCCAAUUGUAUUCAACCAGAAUCUGCUACCAUUACCGCACAAAUCUUACAUAAUGAUUUUGCCCCGAAGAAGUUUAUUUCUAGUUCACCUGCAUUUUCGGUUCAUCUUCCAAAUGAGAAAAUUGAUGUGGGAGAACCCGAUUCUUUGACACCAUUACAUUCAACUCAAGGUGGUUUACCUACAAUUGCGGUGGAAGUUCCAGACGACAAAACUGAUGCGGGUGAACAUAAUUGUUUGGCACCAAUGCACUCAGAUCAAGCUGGUUCGGCUACCCUUUCAGUUGAAGUUCCGAAAGGAAAACUUGAUGCAUGUGAACCCAAUUAUUUGACACCAGUAUUAUCAGAUCAAACUCAUUCGUCUACACUUUCUGUUACAGUUCCAAAAGAGAAGUUUGACGUGGGUGAGCCUGAUUAUUUGACUCCAGUUCUUUCAGAUCAACCUGUUUUACAUGCACUUUCUGUACAAAUCCCGAAAGAGAAAACUGAUGCGGGUGAACCUGAUUAUCUGACGCCUGUAUUUUCGGAACAAGCUGGUUUACCUUUACUUUCAGUUCAAAUCCCAAAUGACCAAGUUGAUGUGGGUGAACCAGAAUAUUUGACACCUUUAGUAUCAGUCCGAGCUGGUUCACCUGAACUUCCAGUACUGGUUCAGGAUGAGAAUAUAGAUGCUCAUGAAUCCAAUUAUUUGACACCUUUAGCAUUUUCUGAUGCUAUUGGUCAUGGUUUAGAGGAGCUUGACUGGCAUCAAUCUGAACAGCUAGAUGAUCCCGCUGCACCAGCUGAAGUCGUCCCUCAGAAAGAUAUUCCUUCGACACAAAUUGCGAAAUCAGUUGCUGAAGCUUCUGGGGGGACCUUAGAUACUAGUGGAACUGGUCUCGACCAGGCAGUUACAAUCAAGACAGAGAGAGUCGCUGAGUUUGAAAAUGAUCAAAUCUCAACAGGUGGUCUAUGUUCGCGGAAGGACGAGGCAACAGACACUCUACAUGCAGAAGAAACUGGUAAUAGUGGACAGAGUCAUGGAACCGAGGACGAUGAGAUGCCUAAGUUGGAAGCUGGACAUACUACUCCCAAUCCAGUGAAUUCAACCGAUUCCCUCAAGCUGGUUAUUGGUAAUAAGGGGAAUCCAAUAUCAACUAUUUUCGCUGAACAACUUACCCCGAAGAAUUCCACAAUUCAUGAAGAUCUGAAGCUCUUGCUCUCACAAGCUGCUCGUGGAGUUGAAUCAUCUUCAAAUGACAUGAGUCCAAGGGCACUCGACAGAUACGAAUCUGGGAUCGAGUCUUUAGAUGGAAGUGUUGUGAGUGAGAUUGAUGGCGAGAGUGUGAUUGAUCGGUUGAAGCGGCAGAUUGAGCAUGACAGGAAAUCCAUGAAUGCUUUGUACAAGGAAUUAGAAGAAGAAAGAAAUGCUUCCGCAGUUGCUGCGAAUCAGGCUAUGGCCAUGAUUACUAGGUUGCAGGAGGAAAAGGCAUCACUUCAUAUGGAAGCCCUACAAUACCUAAGGAUGAUGGAAGAGCAAGCUGAAUAUGAUGUAGAUGCGCUCCAAAAAGCAAAUGAUCUCCUUGCUGAAAGAGAGAAAGAUAUCCAAGAUCUGGAAGAGGAGCUUGACAUUUAUAGGAUAAAGUUCCCAGAUAUUGAUGCAAUUCAGGAUUCAUGGCAUGAUUUGGGUGGGGGAGAUAUGAAAAUUGAGCAGUCUGAUGUUAAUUGCAGCAAUCUUCCUAAUAACCUCUUGCUUAGCGAGAAAUCUAAGGAUGGAAAUAAACCUGGGGAAAUUGAUGCAAGAGUUGGGUAUACUAGCCUCAUUAAGGAUUCUUUGUCUGAAUUUGAAGAUGAAAAAUUAUACAUUACUCGAUGUUUAAAGAAGUUGGAGACACGGCUCAAUUUAUUGUUGAGUAACAAAGUUUAUGCAAACAAGUCUCAUAGUGGAUAUUUAGGUGAAGAAUGUCACGGAGUGAAUAGUUCAUCCCUACAGAACGGUCAUUUGGAAGAGAAUGAGUCUUUGGGGAAUAAGGGCUCUACAUAUAUAGGGGAAAUUUCUGUUGAAGAAAGCUCCAACUCACCAGCUGGUAAUGACCAGCUCUUAAGCAAAGAAAAUCAUCAUUCUGACUCUUAUCCACAGAAAGAGUCCACUGCAGAUAGAGAUGCAGAUUUAGUCUCUCUCGAAAACGAAGUUGCAGAACUGAAUGAGAGAUUGGAAGCACUUGAAGAAGAUCGGACUUUUGUCAAACACACUAUAAAUGCACUUCGAAAAAGUGGAGAAGGAAUGCAGUUUGUUCAGGAGAUAGCUCAUCACCUGCGCGAAUUACGCAGGAUUGGGACAAAAAGAAUAGAACAGGCUGUUACCUGAUCAAUUUCAUCUUUUAUCAUCUUAAAGGUACCCGCUGAAUGCGAAGGACGAAAAUGGAAAUACCUUUAGAGGACAGAACUAUAUAAUCGCAGAACAAGACCUACUAAAGAGUGGGAUUGUUCUGCUGCACUAUGAGGGCCUGUUGUAGUGAAGUCUAUAUUCCUGUACAGAACUGAACUUUUAUCUCCUUCAAAAUGUCAUGCAGCAAAAGAGCCUAUGUGGUUCUCCUUUUAAAUUUUUAGUUCAGAUAGCUUCAUUUUAUUCGUUAAGUUCAGCUGUCUACGUUCUCGCUAGUUUUGGUUGUAGGCUGUUUGUGGGAAGGUGGGGUUUUGUAUUGAUUGUAUUGACAGGACAAUAUAAGUGAUCGAAAUGUAGAAAGCUUGACCUGAUAAGUAGGCAGAAAUUGUAGAAGGCUUGGUUUUUUUGGGUUUGUAAAUAUAGUCGAUUAAUAUGUGAAGGCUGGAGUUUCCUUGCCCUUGCUUCUCUUGUUUAAUUAAGGACUUUGUUGUUGCAA